AAAAAAAACUCGCGCCAACGCGCAUGUGCUGGCGUUUUUUGUACCUCAUCUCUGUGCUGCCUAGAGGAGCGACCCCGCAUCACUCACUGGCUGUAGUCCACCUGGAGCCACGAUAAAAAGGUUACAAGUUCAGGUCCUGCAAUGGGAUGUAGUCUCUCUCGGAUGAGCGAAACCAAGAGACAAACUCAGAGAAAGCAUCUGUCAGACCUGUACAGUAACAUCAGAUUUGUGCGGAGCCGGCAAGCCGACUAAAGCAGCAGCUCUGCCGCCACACACCGCAAUGUCGGAUGUCACGUCACCAACUCCAGAACCUCCUCAAAUCGUCAACCCUCCACCUCCCGAGGUGACGAAUGCCACUAAACCCGGUCGCAAGACCAAUCAGCUGCAGUACAUGCAGAAUGUCGUGGUCAAGACUCUGUGGAGGCAUCAGUUCGCCUGGCCUUUCUACCAGCCAGUCGACGCCAUCAAGCUUGGAUUGCCGGAUUAUCACAAGAUAAUAAAGAAUCCUAUGGAUAUGGGAACCAUCAAGAAAAGGCUAGAGAACGUGUACUACUGGAGUGCCAGCGAAUGUAUGCAAGACUUCAAUACAAUGUUUACCAACUGUUACAUCUACAACAAGCCAACAGAUGACAUCGUUUUAAUGGCUCAAGCAUUGGAGAAGAUCUUUCUGCAGAAGGUUGCUCUGAUGCCCCAAGAGGAAGUGGAGCUGCUUCCUCCUGCCCCUAAAGGCAAAGGUCGCAAACCUGGACCAGGUCAGCAGGAGGGAACGGUGACUUCUGGCUCGCCAACCUCCGCAUUCCCGGUUGCCACUUCGCCAGGCUCUCAGCCGCCAGUCAUCUCUCCUCCAGUGCCUGCAGUCACACCCAGCACACCCACUAUACAGAACACACCUGCCACCCCCAUCAUGCCUGGCUUGCCUCCCUCGCAACCCUUCGGCAAAAAGAAAGGGGUAAAGAGGAAAGCAGACACCACCACACCCACUACCUCUGCCAUAACGGCCAGCAGCAGCGAAUCUCCUAACCCUCUCUCCGAGAGCAAGCAGUCCAAAGUGUCAUUGCGGAGAGAGAGCACGGGGCGACCCAUCAAACCACCCAAGAAAGACUUGGACGACGGCGAAGCGGGUCUGCUCGGAGGCAAACGGGGACGGCUCAACGAGCACCUCAAACACUGCGACACCAUCCUGAAAGAAAUGCUGUCCAAGAAGCACGCCGCAUACGCCUGGCCAUUUUACAAACCCGUCGACGCUGAGGCACUCGAACUGCACGACUACCAUGACAUCAUCAAACACCCCAUGGACUUAAGUACAGUCAAAAAAAAGAUGGACGCUCGGGAGUACCCAGAUGCGCAGAGCUUCGCCUCCGACGUGCGAUUAAUGUUCUCAAAUUGUUAUAAGUACAACCCGCCUGAUCACGAGGUUGUCGCCAUGGCACGUAAACUACAGGACAUGUUUGAGAUGCGCUUCGCUAAGAUGCCGGACGAGCCGGCGGAGGUGAGCGUGGCGGGCGCUGCUGCUGGAGCGGGCGUGGUCAGUAAAAGCACGGCAAGCAGUGAGAGCAGCGGCGACUCCUCUAGUUCGGACAGCUCCGACUCUGAGGAGGAAAGAGCCACGCGCCUCGCUGAGCUGCAGGAACAGGUGGGUGCGGAACAGCUGAAAGCCGUCCACGAGCAGCUAGCUGCUCUGUCGCAGGCUCCUGUCAGCAAACCAAAGAAGAAGAAAGAGAAGAAGGACAAAGACAAGAAAAAGAAAGACAACAAGCUUAACAAAGGCAAGCUAGAGGAGGAUAAGAAGGCUAAAGCAGGGCAGCUUGCGAAACCGAUCCAGCAGAAAAAGGCGCCGGCCAGGAAGGCUAACAGCACCGUCCCCGGCAACAGGCAAGCUAAGAAGGGAGCCAGAGGAGGCUACGAGUCGGAGGACGAAGACGCGGCUCUGCCCAUGACGUACGACGAGAAGCGGCAGCUCAGUCUGGACAUCAACCGGCUGCCCGGAGAGAAGCUGGGCCGAGUGGUGCACAUCAUCCAGUCCCGCGAGCCUUCGCUGCGAGACUCCAACCCCGACGAGAUCGAGAUCGACUUUGAGACACUCAAACCCUCCACCCUGCGUGAGCUCGAGCGAUACGUCAAAACCUGUUUACAGAAGAAACAGAGGAGACCCUUACAGAAAGGUGGCGCCGGACCAGGUUCGGGUCCUUCACGGCUCAGCGGCAGCAGCAGCUCUUCAGACUCGGGCAGCAGCAGCUCCAGCGGCUCCACUUCAGACAGCAGUGACUCCGACUGAUCCAUUUUAUUUCCACUUUUAAUUUCUUUUCUUUUCUUUUUUUUUUUUCUUUUUUUUUUUAAUGUCGUAUGCAGUCGUGAUUGUUUCCUCUAAGACUUUUUAUAAGAGAGAGAGAAAAAAAUCAAUGAAAAUGCAUCAUGUCUGAACUCGAUUUUGUUUUUCUAAGAAAUACUGUUAUGGGGGAAAAAAACAAAAAAAAAAAAAGUUAAAUUAAGUGAUCACAUAUUUCCAUUGAACGUGAAAGGGAUGUUUUAGAUCAGCCAAGCUAUAAAGAAAACCUUUUUUGAAGAGUUUGUGGAAGCGAUGGAUAGAGAAUUCUCACAACCUGCUUGCUAGAAAAAAAAAGAAAACAGAAUCCAAUGGCGUCUUUGGUCAAGAAAGAAAUAACGGAAGCUUGUGGACAGCUUUUCUUUUUUUCUUUCUUUUCUUUUUCUUUUUUUUUCCUUUCUUUUUUUUUUUUCUUUCCCAUUUUUCCACCUCUCUUGUUCUUCCAAAUGCUCCUCUUCAUGUGCAGUCUCUGUAUUUAAUUUAUUUUUAUUUUAUUUUAUUUUUUCUUGAGUCCUUUACAGCUGGAUUUCUGUAUCUUUUUUUUUUUUCCUCCUUCUUUCUUCCUUAUUUUCUCUUUAUACUCCUUUUGUGCCAUCAAUCGAUUUAUGUAAUUAAUUUUUUUUUACCUCUGUUCUUUUUUUUCUUUCUUUUUUUUUAAAAAUAUAAAAACAUUUCAUAAAAAUCAGUGGUGUACAUUUUCGCCCAGAAGAUCCUCUGCUUCUCUUUCAUAGCAAAAAUCCAACAAUGUUUUAGAAUUCAAAAGACACGUCUAAGUUACCUACAUGAGAGAUUGCGUAUUUCUGAGCGACUUCAUGACUGUGUGUGUGAUUGGGGUCGUGAUCAAUCAAGCACUCGGUGCGUUGAGGUGCUAGUCUUCCGUCUGUGUAAACCGCAUUGAGCAGUAAAUGUAUUUCAGCCUUCCGAUUACAGACAACUCUGUUUCUCCACGUUUCUUUUUCUUUUUUCUUUCUUUUUUUUUUUUUUUAUCGAAACAAAUCCUUGUACUUCAAACACUCAAAUGCUGUCAAGUAAGAAUAACCCUUUUUUUUUAGGACUUUUGGUCUCUUGGGAAUGAUCAUGGAAUCGCAGAGUCUUCCUCCAAUCAUGCUCGACAUCAUUGAGCUCUGAAUGUAUAGGCAAAAAAAAAAAAAAAAGAAGCAGGUGUUACAUUACACAUGUACUUUGUCAUAUGAAUAAAUGAUUGUUUAUUGCCCAGCUAAUAUUUGCUCCCAACUCAAACUUGUUCCACGUGCUGCCUGUUUUCUUCUUUGACAAGUUAUGAAAUGUUAAAUUUCCUCUUUAUUUUUCUUAUGAAGAUUAUAUGAUCAUUGUUUUAAACCCAUUUUUCCUGUUCAUGCAAUUUGAAGAUGUAGUUUGCCAUUAUUAUUAUUAUUAUUAAUUAUUAUUAUUAUUGCUAAUAAUAAUAAAUCCGAUUUAUUGGACUCCAACACUAAUUAAGGCACUAAUGCAAAUUCUGUUGCAUAAUUUGGCUUAAGCCUUCCACCUUCUUUCCAUAUUUAAUAACGAUGAAAUUUAUUAUUUUUUUUAAGCUUCCCUAACCUUUUUUUUUUUUUUCUAAAACAUUUUGAUCGUAUUGGUCAUCAAGCCAUAUCGAGUUUUACCAGAGUGAUUAUCUUUUUAGAAACAGACUGAAAACUAUAUAAAGAAUCUAUAUAUAAAUAUAAAUAAACAAUAAAUCUAGUUCAUUUUUAGGCCCUGGGAAAAAAAAAAAAGAUAGCUCCUUUUUUUUUAUAUUUUGAAAAAAAUAUUAAUAAUAAAAAAAAAAAGAAAUGUUUACUUUUUAUCUUUGACAUGCAUGCCAGUUUAUUGUAUCUUUCUUAUACGUUUUUGAGCUGUUUAUAGUUUUCUUCCUUUAAAUGUCGGUCGUAUGGAUGAGCGGUGGAACGGAGGAUUCGGUGUCUGUAGACGUAGGCUUGGACUUCGGGAUGGAUACACGAUAACAUUUGAUGUAAUCGCCUACCUGGAUUCUCUUCUAUGCUGGGUUCAGUUCUGUUUUUCAUAAAAUAAAUGACAAAAAUACUAACAA